CCCUCCCGCCGACAGACACCCAAUCCUGAUGCGCUUUCGUCUCGCGCUAGCCAAUGGCGGAGCAGAGCCGGUGUCUUCCCUCCUCCCCUCCUAGCUUCCCCUUCCCCUCUUAUGGUGGUUCCCUGGGUCAGUCCGUUUCUUUUAUCCAGCAGGGGCUUAAAAAGCAGCGAGGUCCCUUCCCCGUCGCAGAGUUGCCUCCUCCCUGCUGGGCUGCAGCCAAAGCCUCUGUGACUCCCGGACACAGUGGGUGAAGAUGUCGUGGAUGGUUCUGUUGGCGGCAUCCGCCGGGAUCGCUCUCGUCGUGGCCUUCCUGCUCUUGCUCUACUUGGCGUCGCCGCUGGCCAGCCCCAAACCGCUGUCGUUGUCCGGCGCGCACGUCGUGGUAACUGGUGGCUCCAGUGGCAUUGGAAAAAGUAUUGCUGUCGAAUGUUUUAAACAAGGUGCUUUUAUAACACUGAUUGCAAGAAAUGAGAGCCGGUUGUUGGAGGCAAAAAAAGAAAUUGAAAAGUACUCCAUUAAUGAUAAGCAGGUUGUACAUGCUAUUUCUGUUGAUGUUUCUAAAGACUGUGCUGAUAUGGAGAGAGUCCUAAAACAAGCUCAAGAAAAAUUGGGUCCAGUUGACAUGCUUGUAAACUGUGCUGGAACAUCAGUGAAUGGAAAAUUCGAAGACCUUGAGAGCAGUAGAUUUGAGCAAUUAAUGGCCAUCAACUACUUGGGUAGCGUUUAUUCAACACGUGCAGUAGUUGCCACCAUGAAGGAACGAAGGAUGGGAAGGAUUGUGUUUGUGUCAUCCCAGGCUGGGCAAGUUGGACUGUUUGGUUAUUCAGCUUAUUCUGCAACAAAGUUUGCUCUUCGAGGAUUAGCUGAAGCUUUGCAAAUGGAGGUCAAGCCCUAUAAUAUCUAUGUCACGGUUGCGUAUCCUCCAGAUACCGACACACCUGGCUUUGCAGAAGAAAGUAAGACUAAGCUUUUAGAGACCAAACUCAUUUCGGAAUCAUCAUCUGUCUGCCAGCCCGAUCAUGUUGCCAGAGUAAUUGUUAAAGAUGCUGUACAAGGGAAAUUCAGCAGUUCUGUUGGAACAGAUGGUUACAUGUUGACAAUACUGACCAGUGGCAUGUCGCCAAUCUCUUCUAUUGCUGAAGUGCUAGAGGCGGUUAUUUUAAUGGGCUUUUUUCGCUUCAUUGGCCUGUUUUAUAUAGCAAGUUUUGACAGCAUAGUUCACCGAUGCAUGGUACAGAAGGAGAAAUCUGAAAAGACAGACUGAAGCAGAAUGCCUUUCAGAAUUUGAGUGCUAUUUAAAGAGUUAGACAAUUUGCUGCUAAAUGAGACUGUAUUUGUGGCCUAAAUACACCUCAUAGAAAUAUUGUGUAUGUGGAAGAGGUGGUGAUCUUCGGUGGUGAUAGAAGGAAACGUUCAACUCCAGAAAGUGAGACUAUGCAAAAGUGCUAAUGAAGAAGACUGCAAUUCCCCCCCAUCCCCACCCGUGCUUUGAAGUAAUAAGCAGAUUGUUGCCUUAGAAAUGAGCUUUUUGGAAGAGCAGAGCUUCAGAGUGGCCUAUUUGCUGGUAAUUCUGGACCAACAUUAAUUGUGUUAGCAAUGGGGAAGAACUGAUUCAGUGAUGCACAUCUUAAUCUAAGGGCUGGUUCAAACAUGUUAUAUCAUUUGGUACUAUCCUUCACAACUGUACUACUUUAAUUAGCCUGAUAGCCGGAUUUCCAGGGCACUGCUAGAUAUGUUUGGCAACUUCUGUGAAGUGUUCCAAUGUGAGUUGGGCCAAGUUUAGUCAUAAAAGCAAAGCUUGUAAACUGAGAUGGUAUCCCAAAGCUGAAAUGUACUAACUGAGCCAAGGUCUCUUCUGUGAGGUAAUUUCCAUAUCUAGCAAUGCCCUAUCACAUGAAAUUGAUAUGGGAGUCCUUAAAUGAGCAUCCCACCCCUUUAAAUCUGAGGUGAUGCAGUUGCAAAAGAGGACUCUACUAAGUUGGAGAAUGAACAUUCUACCAGUUUUCAGGCUCUAGCCCAACACUGAAUACUUAAGUCUAGUCUUUCCCACUCCUGACAUAACAGGAACACCCAGUAAGUUUUGUGAAGUAUGCUACAUAUUGUAGUAAUAGAGCACUAUUAUGUUAUAUAUAGAAAUCCUUAAUGUCAGAAUUGUAUUCAUAUGAUCCUAAGUUAUCUGUGCAGGAGCAAUCAAGGAUUCUUUUAGCAGUUGUAUGUCUUUGGAAUGAUGAAGGACCUGUUCCUUGCUGAGACAGGGAGCUUUUUUUUCUUUUUUCUUUUUCUUUUUUGUCUAUGACCAAGGAACUCCUGUCUAAGCAAAACAAUGUGAUGGCAUUAGAAGUAAUUGUACACUUGUAACUUGAGUUCAUGUUUCUCUCUGCCAGCUUAGUAAAACAGAAGUGAUUUUUACAUUGCUGUAAUUCACGCUUCAGAAAUGCAGACUGGAUACUAGAUAGAAUUAACUGUAGCACAAAAGUACUAGGUUCCUCCUCUAGCAAUGUAGCUUACAAGACUGUCAAUACUGUUUCAAGGCUUUAAUCCCAGGGUGCCAACUUUAUCAACCACAUGGAAUCUGGACUUCUAAAAAGCCACUCAGUGGGCUCUGGUGGUUUGCUCUGUCUAAAUGAAAACUAAUUUUCAUUGUCAACAGAUUUCACUGAACCCUAAAGAAUUCAUAAAGAAUUCCUGCAACAGCUUGUCAUUAUCUAAGUGCCUCAGAUGACUCUCUUGCAAGAGCCUCCCAUGUUUGUUAACUAGCAGAGAUGCUUUUUAAGCACCAGAGGCUGCCCUCCAGCAUUUUCUUCAAUAUUAUAUGAGGUUUUCUUUUUCUCUGUGUCUGUCUAUGGAGGUGGGGAUUUUUUUACGUUCUUAAAAAAUAUUUCCAUUGGAGAUCACCUCAUGGGACCAGAUCAAGCCUAGCAGUUUCUGGUUCAGCUCUACUAUUAAGUCUUCCAAACUUUAAUAGAUUUUAAAAUCUUUGUAAGUGAUCCAGUUUUCAGUGCUAAAUGUUUAAGAUAGUGAGUGGCUAUGUUUACUUCUUGGUUCUUAUACAUGAGCACAAGUUUUGGUUCUCCAGUGCUGUGCGAAGUGAACCUGGAAAUUGCCAAUUUAGAUAUAAGCACUUGGGCUACUUUUGCCAUCUUGACAAGCUUGGAAGGCUUCUGGUUACAAACAAUGGAGAUUGUGUAGUAGGAGUCCUUGGUAAGUUGUGCUCAGUGUAUUCCUAAAGGCACAAACACUUCAAGUAUCUCAUUCAAACUAGCAACUGUGCUUCAGAAUUAUUUUGAUGCACCCAUACAUUGAAGCAACACACUAGAAAAAGUAGCUUUGUAUGUAGUCCUUGGAAUGCUUCGAUACAAAUGGUCAAAGCAGGACUCCUCUCCUGUUCUGCUGUCAGUUAGUGAAUAUGCUUAGACAGCUAUAGAGCACAGUUUAAGCUAGCUAACAAGGAGUUAAAAACUUGAAUUCUGAGGUACCUUAAAGCAGUUUAGAAAAUGCUUAUUAUUCAGAAAUGCCAAAUAACCAAACAUUUUUUAACGUGCAAGUCACUUGCACAUCUGCUUUUCACCACCACUUAGAGCUGCUGUGCAUGUUCCAAGUCCCCAUGGAUUCAAAGUCAAUGGAGCUUUAAUGUGCUUAUCUGUGGCUGCACCAUGACCAGUUUUUCUUCACAACUGAAUAAAAGUGUCUUCUUGUGUUUCCAGGUUUACUCUUGAAUUACUAAACAUUCUGAAGUUACUUAGCAGUAUGGCUCAUGUUCAGUUCAAAUAGAUUUUAUGUACGAAGGAAAUGGGUAAAUUUGCCUACAAUUAUACUGUGAAAUGUUAAGCACUUUUUAAUGUUAACACUGAGUAUGGCUAAAACCCGCAGCCUGUCCAUGCUUGUUGCUUCACAAAGUGUUGUGCCACAAUUGUAAAUUUUAAUAUUUUGUAUUUCACUAAAUAAAUGGAAAUAUUACAUUUAA